CUGCAACCUACCCUGCGUAGUUUGUGUGUAUAUAAGUCCCAAAGUUGCCUACCUACCUGCUAAUCUAGCUACCUAGCUAGUCAUUCUCUUUCCAUCUAAAUAUUGCCGCCAAUUACCCUGACCAAGAUUUGUCCCUAUUAUUGAACUCGGUCGUCUGCAUCUCGGCGCUAUUCACUACUCACCGUGCUUGGGAUAGUCCAAACGCGAAUCUGGAAAUGGCUUCCUCUGAUAAUGCCAACACGCCUAGCUAUCGCGGAAAGGAUGCAGCGAGGAUUGUCAGCCCGCCUACCAUGAAACAGGACGAGGGGGUGGCUGGAAACAUCAGGGGUAUACGUCUUUUCUUUGUGUACUGCCUUGUCUGCCAAAUCUUCAGCACUUACCGUGCCUACGAGAUAUACCAAAGCUUUGACAGCUGGGCCGGUCUGAAUCGUAAAGACAAAUUCUUCCUCGCUUGGGGUGUCGUUUCUAUCGUCGCCAUGACUUUUUUUACGGCUGCUUAUGCGGUCCUGGAAUACCGGAGGAGACAGACAGGGAAAAAAGAUAAGGUGUGAUUCUUUGCUUCAAUGGCCAAGGGGCUCGACUGGUAUUGUUUGACAGCCUUAGGGAGGAGGCAAUGAACAGGGGGUGCGAGUGAACAACUCUUAAUGUAGCUUUGACGUUGUCAAGGCACUUAUCACUUUUCCAAUAAUGUCAUUAUGAGGUCAAUCCACUUAUUCAAGAGCGAUAUGACAGGCGCCAGAUCAGGAAGCAGGCCUGACCAGUGUGGGCAAAAACUACUCAAGCUACUCAAGCUACUCUAGAGUAGUCUUGAGUAGAGUAGAGUAGAGUUUGAGUAGCGUAAUAUAGUACUUGAGUAGAGUAGAGUAGAGUACUACUCUAGAGUAACUCAAGAGUAGUCACGUG